AUGGUGUCUCUCCAUAGAGACGCUGAGGUGGUAAAUGUCCAAAAAGCGAGGGAGACCAAUCCUGCUCUUCAAAGGCUGCCUUGGUGCGCUUACCACUGCGCCACCACUACCGGCACUCUACUACUGCCGUUGAGAUAUACUCUUUUGUCCAACCUUCCUCAGUCGCAGCAUAUCUUCAGCAUUCGCAUCUCCCACGCACAGUAUGAUGGGAUCCAAACUGCGUAUAACGAUCCAACGAAAUUUGUGUCCGCCCCGCAGGAGACCGACUUUUCCUCAUUCCUGUACUACCGCCGUCAGCAGGUUAACAAAGAAGCCCUCGACUUCUGGAGAACAUACCUUGAUAGCUCAUUCAUGACUGUGCCGCCCAGCCUCGAUGGAGGAAUCCGUCAGGACGCAAUACUCAUGCAAAUUCGAGGUAUCCGUUCUCCUUCGCCACCACCAGCAUUUACAGACGCGACUUUAAUCAUGGCAUCAGUGGCUGCUGCCCUGUCUAAGGCCCACUACAGCCAAUCCCUCGUGCUCGGCCAAACUGUCAACGCCCGCAGUCUGCCACUAGCUAACAUCGAUCAGAUUAUAGGGCCAUGCCUUAAUUUCAUCCUAUGCGACUGA